AUGGCGUCUUCGAAUGUAGAAUACUACCAACGUCAAAAAGAAUUGCAAAAUGUCAUUCAUGAACAUGAAAAUAAGAGAGCCAAUCUGGAACAACAGCUGAAAGUUCUUGCCAAGACAGACAAUAGACUUGCAAAGUUGAGAGCAGCAAAGUUGAAGAGUUAUUGGAAAAAAAUUUGUGAUGACAGCAAGAGAGCCCAGGAACGAAAUGACCGCAUUGUUCAGGAAUUUGAGAGAAUUGACACUUUCCUUGCAGCAUCCACUGCCAGAACAGAGAAACUUCGUCUACUAAAGCGACAGUAUGAAGAGUACAUAGAGAAAACAUAUCCACUAUGGAUGGAACAGGUGUUACAUCACAGACAACAGCCCCAGCAUUCCCCGUCCCACAUCCCACUUCCUCAGAGUUCAUCUGGACUUCCCCAACAUAACCCACAGGGACAACCCAGCUACCCUCAUGAUCACUCUCCUCAGUCCGGGAUGCGACAACCUCCUGUGGAACCUCCUCGUGGGUACAAAGAUAUUUCCACUCCAGCCAGAAGUACCUAUGAUCAGAGGGAUGAGGCACCAGAGGAGAGAGAUUCUUAUGGUCAUGUAAUCACAUCCACACCUUUCAGGGGAGAUAGUCAGUAUACCCAGAAGCCAAAAACAUCCUCCAUCUAUGCCAAUAUAUCACAGGUGAUGCAAGAUCCAAUGGAUGAGGAGACACAAAAACAACAGAGUCAGUCUAGGGCUACCCAGCAGCAGGCCACACAUGUACCUGCUGAAAAGGAGGCUGCAGCACAGCAGCACAGACUGCACGAACAGAUUGCUGAUGUUAGUCUCAGCGAUGACAUUGUAGAAGAAGUGGUACAGCAUCCCCAACCCAUACAAAGUGUGCGGAUAGGACAACAAGUCCAUAAACCAGUGCCAGAAUCUCCAGAUGUGUCGCAAUCCUUGUCAGGACCAAUGGAGCCAAACCCAGUCGAUGAAGGUGGUGAUGAUGAAGUCAGUGAUUUUGGAGAUGAUGAUUUGCCUUUAAGUACAAGUCAGACAGGACCAGAUCCAUCUAAAAAGUUAGUCACUCAGGAGCAGGUGUCUCUUCCCAGUUCUCCUGAUGCCACACCUCGAGAUCCUCCUAUACAAACAGCUGUUACUGAAGGGGAUAGCUCUAGUCCUGCUACGCCUUCUCCUGAUCUGCAUUUGGAUGGACUGAUUCGGCUGAUGAACCAUGUCCAGGCGGACUUUCCCGAGGCUUUAUCUCUAGAAGGGUACUACCGAUCUCAUCGGCCAUCAGCCUCAGAUCGGCGGGAUAUUAUGCACAAAGCCAACAAGGGGAUCCCACUCUACGACCAGGAUGCUGAGAAGGUCAGUAUGGUGCUAUUGGAACAGCUCCCCCUAGUGGUGAGGAAUGUGUCCCCUAAGGGCUUCCUACCGGACACUGUCCUUACUGGCAACAUAGACAGCAUCACAGAAACAAAGAUCAGAAUGGCCUUACCAGAAUCUGCCCAGCCCCUAUGGGACUGUUUGUUUGAUCAUCUUGGUCACUUAGUGCGCAACAAAGUCAUGGUAACUAAGGAAGUGGCUGCUGUGUUCGUUCCUAGUCUGGUGACUAAUUCCUCCCCAUACCAGGACAAGGCAUACAAUCUCUUGAUCCGCCUCCUUGAGAAGUUUGAUGAGGACAGGCAGGCAGAGGGUGAUGGAAUGACUCCUCGGGAUACCAUGGAUAGCAUGCGAAGCAGUCUUGGUGGAGUCCCACCACUCAAGUUUGGCAGUUUAGUGGAUAAACAAUUUGGUAGCGAUGAUGAGUCCACCACCAUGUUCACCCCGAGCGUCCCCACAGAUGCCCCUAAGGUGCCCCUGAAUGAAACAGCAGCCUACCGAAACAUGUUGUCAGGAACAAUGUCAUCACAAAAUAGGCAACCAGCUCAUGUUGAUGAUGAGGAUACGGAUGAUGAUGUAGAAAAACAGUUUGCGUCAGCCUUGUCUCCUCGAGACCCCCCAAGCACUAUUCCACCUCCAAAAAGUUUUGCUAAUCCUACUGACUCCAAACCUGACAAUCAGGCGGAGCCUCUUUCUGAUCUCAGUACGCCUACUCAGCCAAGUCCGGUUUAUGUUCCUACUGCCAUGCAGAAACAGAGUGUGAAGUCAGCUUUGGGAUCUACAGCUGGGUCAUCAAAGUCUCACAGGAAAGUUGGCAUUCAGUUCAGUUCUGACCUGGACACAGACACAGAACCAGAGAUACCGAUGGGCAGAAAAACACAAGAAGAAAAGGAUGAUUUCUUUGAAUUUUAUGAAUAAUAAUACACACUACUAGAAACAUGAUAGAUCAUUAGAUAAAGUAAGGUUUACCUUUAUCUAUUGUAGCUACAGUUGAGUAUGAACAUAUCAUUAGAUAAAGAAGGGUUUACCUUUAUCUUCUGUAGCUACAGUUGAG